AUGGAUGGACGAUAUAACCCUCAGCGUGCAGGACUUUACAAUUACAAUUACAAUUACGACGAUCGUUACUACCAUUCAGAAGACGAAGAAGAAUUCGCAGACCCCUACAACACUAGCAAUCACCAUUUCGACCCGCGGAGCUCGAGGCCGGAAGCAUACCAUCCCGAAGAAGUCGAAAGAGAGCAGGGAAAAGAGAAGGAGAAGAAAGAGACCAUGUCUUCCUGGCUAGGCCGCGUAUCGACCUCCUCCCAAGCCCAAUUCGCAGCCACGGCCCUCGUGAGUGGCGCCGUGGUCGCGGGCGCCAUAUUCGGGUACCAGGCUGUCAGGCGCCAGGAGAGGGUGAAGGAUUUGAAGAGUGGGAUUCCGGAUACGGGGGGUGAUAAGGUGGGUUUUGUUUUGUUUUUAUUCUGUGGUUGGAGAGGGUGCUUCCUGGCCUGUGGGAGAGGUGGAAAGGAAGAGGGCAAGAGGGGAGGAGGAGAUUUUGGGGCGGCGAAACCGAGUUCUGGAUUGAGUAAAGAGGAUGAGAGGAGUGCGGCGCUUGCUGCGAGGGCGCAGAGGGGGGAUUAUGAUGAUGAACUCAUCCUCGAACAAUUAGCACGGAAUCGGGUCUUCCUUACAGACGCCGGAUUACAGAAGCUACGCUCUGCGUUCAUAAUAGUUGUUGGCUGUGGAGGCGUGGGAUCACAUUGUACAGCAGCUCUGGCCCGUUCAGGAGUCUCAUACAUUCGCCUCAUCGACUUCGACCAAGUUACACUCUCCUCCCUCAACCGACACGCAGUAGCAACUCUAGCGGACGUCGGAACACCGAAAGUAUCCUGCUUAAAGAAAAGGUUACAGCAAAUCACACCGUGGGUACAUUUCGAUCUCAAAAACGAGCUCUUCAGCCCAGCAGCCGCCGAUACUCUGCUUGCUCCCUGGGACAGCCGGAAACCAGAUUUCAUAGUUGACGCCAUAGAUAACAUUGACAGUAAAGUCGCCCUGCUAGAAUACUGCCAUAAGGCUAAUCUCCCCGUCAUCUCUUCUAUGGGCGCGGGCUGCAAAUCAGACCCAACACGCAUCUUCAUCGGCGACAUCUCCGCCAGCACUGAAGACCCUCUCUCCCGCUCAACUCGCAGGCGUCUUCGGGCUUUGGGAAUCUCCUCCGGAAUUCCAGUCGUCUACUCCACCGAGAAACCAGGACCAGGAAAAGCCCAACUACUCCCACUACCCGAAGAAGAGUUUGCCAAAGGCUCGGUAGGAGAUCUUGGCGUCUUACCCGAUUUCCGAGUCAGGAUCUUACCUGUUCUCGGCACCAUGCCAGCCGUGUUCGGAUACGCCGUCGCGAACCAUGUUAUUUUGCAGAUCACGGGGUAUCCGAAUGAGUAUGUGCCUGCGAAGGGGCGGGAGAAGAUGUAUGAUGGGAUUCUUGCGCAGUUACAGGGCUCGGAGGAGAAAUUAGCUAGGGCUACGACGGAGGGUGAGGAUGCGCAGGGAUUAAAGUUGGGGGUUAGUGCGAGUGAUGUGGGGUAUGUGGUUGAGGAGGUAUUUAGAGGGAAGAGUGUAGUUAGUCGGGUGAGCACGAGGUUGGCGUUGGUGAGGUGGCGGAAACCCGAGGGGAGUACUAUUGAGCUUGGGGUGGAGGGGCAGAAGAGUAGUAAGGUGAGGCUGAGUGAUUUGGUGUGUAUGACUAAGGAGGAGGCGGUGGUGCAUGAGAGGGAAGUGUUGAAGGGGAGUAAGACGCCGGAGGAGUUGUAUGAUAGGGAGAUUGUGGAGUACACGGAAGCGAGGAUAGAGGAGGAGAUUGGGUAUGAGAAAUAUAGAUGA